CUAUAACUCUUGCUCUUAAUCUCUUAUGGAUUUAAAAUUCUCUUUUCAUUGGAAAACAUUUUUCUUUUGCAGAUUAGCUCAAAGAAUUGUGCGAGGAGAUGUUCCUGAACCUCUAUUGAAUCGGAAGUUGAUCUCUUUGGAUAUGGGUUCAUUGCUUGCUGGUGCUAAAUUUCGUGGAGAUUUUGAGGAAAGGCUGAAAGCUGUCUUGAAGGAAGUCACUGCUUCAAAUAGGCAGAUUAUUUUGUUUAUUGAUGAGAUCCACACUGUUGUUGGCGCAGGGGCUACUGGUGGUGCACUCGAUGCUGGUAAUUUGUUGAAACCAAUGCUUGGACGAGGUGAGCUCCGUUGUAUUGGAGCAACCACACUAAAUGAAUAUAGGAAAUACAUCGAGAAGGAUCCUGCUCUUGAGCGUAGAUUCCAGCAGGUGUUCUGUGGUCAGCCAUCUGUUGAAGACACAAUCUCCAUUCUUCGUGGGUUGCGUGAACGCUAUGAGCUCCAUCAUGGUGUUAAAGUAUCUGACAGUGCCCUUGUUUCAGCUGCGGUUCUUGCAGACCGAUACAUUACAGACCGCUUUUUGCCAGAUAAAGCAAUUGAUCUUGUUGAUGAAGCAGCAGCAAAGCUGAAAAUGGAGAUUACAUCUAAGCCCACUGAGUUGGAUGAGAUUGAUAGAUCUGUGCUGAAGUUAGAGAUGGAGAUAUUGUCACAGAAAAAAGAGACUGACAAAACAUCUAAAGAACGGUUAAGCAAGUUGGAACAUGAUCUAGAUUCACUAAAACAGAAACAGAAAGAACUCACUGAACAGUGGGAACGUGAGUAGGCUUUCAUGACACGAAUUCGAUCAAUUAAGGAAGAGAUUGAUAGAGUCAACCAAGCGAUGGAGGCUGCUGAACGUGAGUAUGAUUUGAAUCGUGCUGCUAAGCUCAAGUAUGGAACACUGAUGUCUCUUCAACGGCAGCUAGAAGAGGCUGAGAAGGAACUCUCUGAUUUUCGAAAGUCCGGUAAAUCAUUGCUCCAAGAAGAGGUCACUGACCUUGACAUUGCUGAAAUUGUGAGCAAGUGGACUGGUAUACCACUAUCAAACCUGCAACAGUCCGAAAGAGAGAAGUUAGUUAAGCUAGAGGAAGUUCUCCACAAGAGGGUUGUUGGACAGGAUAUUGCUGUCAAAGCAGUGGCUGAUGCAAUCCGCCGUUUGAGGGCAGGGCUAUCAGACCCAAACCAGCCGAUAGCAAGCUUCAUGUUUUUGGGCCCUACUGGUGUUGGCAAGACAGAGCUUGCCAAAGCUCUAGCAGGUUAUUUAUUCAACAUGGAGAAUGCACUUGUAAGGAUCGACAUGAGUGAGUACAUGGAAAAACAUGCAGUUUCACGCUUGAUAGGUGCUCCCCCUGGUUAUGUUGGCUAUGAAGAAGGUGGGCAGCUGACUGAAGUGGUUCGCCGAAGACCAUAUUCUGUAAUCUUGUUUGAUGAGAUUGAGAAAGCACAUGAUGUGUUCAACAUUCUGUUACAGCUAUUGGAUGAUGGAAGGAUUACUGAUUCACAAGGACGGACUGUUAGUUUUACAAAUUGUGUUAUUAUAAUGACUUCGAAUAUUGGGUCUCAUUACAUCCUUGAAACUCUUCGCAAUACACAGGAUACCAAGGAUGCAGUGUAUGAUAUGAUGAAAAGACAGGUUCUGGAGUUAGCAAUUCAAACUUUUCGCCCAGAGUUCAUGAAUCGUAUUGAUGAGUUUAUUGUUUUCCAGCCUCUGGACUCUAAGGAAAUUUGUAGGAUUGUGGAGCUACAGCUGAACCGUUUGAAAGGCAGGCUUAAACAGAAGAAGAUUGACCUUUAUUAUACAAAGGAAGCUGUUGAGCUAUUGGGGACUUCGGGCUUUGAUCCAAACUUUGGUGCAAGGCCUGUCAAGAGAGUUAUACAGCAAAUGGUCGAAAAUGAAAUAGCUUUGGGUAUCUUGAGAGGAGAGUUUAAGGAUGAGGACUCAGUCAUUGUUGAUGUAGAGGAAUCUCCUACAGCCAAGGACCUUUUUGAGCAGAAGAGAUUGGUCAUCAAGAAACUAGAGAAUGAUUCUUUCGUGGAUACCAUAGAGGCCAAUGAUUGAUAGUUGAUACUGUAUUCCUGAGCUGUAAAUUUUAGUAGUAGAUUUUGUGAAGCUCUCACUGAUCUUUCCACUCAUUCAUUUUUGUUC